AUGCGUAGAGAAACACUAAGAAAGUCAUUUACUGCUUCUAAGCAAUUUUUUGUUGGUUUAAGCCUCUUUUGGGAGAAAAUAGGUCCUCUUUUGGGAGAAAAUGGGUAUCAGUAUUAUCUAAACACUCCUAAUCCAUCUCUAACUCUUAUAAUUAGUCAAAUGCAUUGGAUUGUGACAAAAUAUUGGAUUGUGAUACCUUUUGACCAUAUAAACACUAAGAAAGCUUCUUUUGGGAGAAAUUGGCUUCUUUGGGGAGUAAAUGGCCUCUUUUGGCCGAAAAUGGGUAUAAGUGUUGUCUAA